CUGCCUCUACAAGUUGGGUAGCGCGGGCACACCUAUGUCUGUUCAAUAGCUUUUCUUGAAAGACACCAUCCUCAAAUCGAACUGCGAGACAGUGUCCCUUACUCAGUUAGGUAAAGCAAAAAGUUAGGCUCUCCGGAUUCAGGACAUCCAAAAAUAUCAUAAUUCAUCCAGUUCAGAGAGAAUGGCUGCUAAGGGCGUGCUCUAUACAAGAGGCACUGUCAGACCAAGCCCUAACUUUAAUGUUCAUCAUGAUGCAGAAAAUCUUCGCAAUGCUAUGAAAGGACUAGGAACUAAUGAAGAUGCCAUUAUUGAUAUUGUGGCAAGUCGAACCAAUUUUGAACGACAACAAAUCAUUAAAGCAUUUAGAUCAAGCUAUGAUCAGAGCCUAAUUGAGGAACUGAAAUCGGAGCUUGGAGGGAACUUUGAAUCUGCGAUUGAAGGGCUAAUGCUAGCUCCUGGAAAAUUUGAUGCAAAAGAACUAACAUAUGCAAUGAAGGGCAUUGGAACUGAUGAGCAUAUCCUAGUAGAAAUUCUUGUAACACGGACUAACAAACAAAUUCAGGAACUUGCUGAAGCCUACCAAUCAGAGAAUGCUUUGAGUUUAAAGGAGGAUCUCAAGUCUGAGAACUCUGGUGACUUCAAAGAACUUUUGCUGUCCCUGUUGAAGGGAAACCGAGAUGAAGGUUGGGAUGUCAACGAAGGCCUUGCAAAUCAAGAUGCUAAAGCAUUGUUCGCUGCAGGAGAAGACAAAUGGGGAACUGAUGAGACAGCAUUCAUUAAGAUCUAUUGCAGGCGGAACUUCAAACAUCUGAGAAGAGUGUUUGAAGAAUACUAUCAACUAACUAACAAAGAUAUUGAAGAUACAAUUAAAGAUGAAAUGUCUGGCACAUUCCAAAUGGGAAUGCUAGCCCUGGUGCAAUACGCAAAGAACCCAGCUAGAUUUUUUGCAACAAAGCUUUAUGAAACGAUGUCGGGUAUUGGUACAGAUGACAGAGGCCUCAUUCGAAUCAUGAUCACUCGGUGUGAAGUAGAUAUGAUUGACAUCAAAGCUGAAUUUAUGAAGCUGUAUGGGAAAUCAUUGCAUUCAUUCAUUCGGGAUGACGUAGGAGGAGAUUAUCAGAAGGUCUUGCUGAAGCUCUGUGGGAUGGAUGUUGAUGAAUGAAGCACAUUUACUGUUCUAGAAAAAGGCCACAAUUUUGAGAGCUCAGAUGUGAAAUGCAUAACUACACAGUCUUUUUCACCACCAUUUACUUGUAUUCUGUAUACUUGAGGUGUUAAAGAGGCUUCUAACUUACAAUAAAUUCAACAGUCUGGACAUAAGAGUAGGAUCCUGAAAUCCAUAACUUAUUUGCUAACAAACUUCAUGCCCGAAUCAGUGUUUCCAUAAACUCCAGAUAAACAGUACAUUUUUGUUCUUUUUGAAAUAUAUCCCAUCAGGCAUUGUGGUAACAUCUCUGUCUAAACAAAAAUCUACUUUAUACAAAAGAUUAGUGUUCUAAACCUAUUUGGCAACAGUUAAAUCAUACUUAAUAUGCCGAGCAUUGAAAACUGUAAUAAAUGGAACACUUUCAUUUCUAAAUUGGCAUUUCACGUUUGUUUGAACUAGCAAAUCGUAUUUUUUUGUGUUCAGCAUGAUGGUAAUAAAUGUUUGGUUAAGGGUUUCGUUUUGCAUCUAUUGUGUUACUUAGUAUUAUAGUUACCAGAAGACUAUGAUUUGAAGAUCUUGGCCUAUAUUUUAAAAUAAAAUUCCUGACAACUUUCAAUUGA